UUGUGCAGCCAGCGAAAAGUCCGAUCAAUAACAGUAGCAUUCGGGUAGUUAAGCGUUCCACUGCUGUUGAUAAUAUUUUAUUAAGAAGUGAAAAUAAAAGCUAAGAAAUGACGGUGUUCACUAAACCAGUGGAUAUUUGUGAAAAACCUGUAAUUAUAAAUACACCUCAUGUCCAAGGAAGUAGUCGCAGCGAGUCCCGUGUGGAUCUACCUGAUCAGGAGUUUUACCCUAAACCUCCGCUAACGGAGAAGGCAUUGCUGUAUCUUUUGUUGUCGGUGUUUGUGGUUCUUCUUGUGGGAGUGACUGCAACUGUCAUGAUUCUCAAUCCGCCUAAGUCUAGCAACAACAACUACCAGGCCUUCUGCCACAUUCCUGUGCCGAGAGAUUUUACAGAGAGGAUGUCAGAUGGCCACUACCGCGCCCUACCUGUUAGUUGGUCAUCCAAGCCAAUGCUCCAAAUUAUCAGCGCCAUCGACGGACCAGAGAGUGAUGAUAUCAUGGGUAUGCUGAAUGAGGAGCUGGAUAUUGGGGACUCUGUGGAGAAGAUCGCGGUUGUUGACAAUGGACGCCGAGUUGACUUCAUCCAUGACUUUAGUGACAAUGUUACUGGUAUUGUUGAUGCUGAGCGUUGCUUCGUGAUGGAUCUGGAGCCUGAAAUCGUUAUGCCCCCAGACCUAUUCGUAGCUGGACUCACUGCUCGAGAUCAAUUUGACGUGUCUAAGGUUCGCACCCAUUUGCGCGCAGCUUUACCAGCUAUCGUAGACCUCGCUAAGACCGCAAAGAAGAUGGCAGAGACCUGCUUCGCUAGACCUGCCUACCGUCUUUACCGCGACGAUAACAUCAUUGAAAAGCGUUCAACAGCUAAGCCUCAUGAUUACAUCCAGUUCUCCGGGAAGCACGUUCAGGAAAUCAAGAUUGAUAACAUCGCAGAAAUACUAAAAUACGAGGAGAAUCUUAAGAAGAAUUAAUCGCUUUUAGUUUUCGAAGUAGUGUUUGAAAUAAUCUUUGGUCACUUCAUGAGUUUUUUUUAGUCAUUGUUAACAGUGCCCCAAAUGUCCAACAGGAUACGCUUGCGGCACUAUACAGUUUGACAAUAAAUUCAUAAUGGUUGUCACUUGACAGUUGGAGGGAAAUUCAUAGUUCUAAUUUCAAAAAUUGCCCAUAUAGAGGCAAUCAUUUGAAAGGAACAUUAUUCUAAUUUCAAAAAGUGCGUAAGGCAUAGAUUAAAUAUUUAUGUGACACGAUUUCUAUUAGUCGCACUAAAGCUUAGGCUGGAUAGAAUUAAAAAAAAAAAGAUUAACGGAAGCCAAGAUUGUAGUAGGUAAUUUUAAUGUUAGAAU